AUGGUACUCCAGGCCCAGAUGAUCUUCUUCUUCUUGACCCUCCUCUCUUUUAUCAACUACCGGCUGGGGACACUCCCCCCCACACACCCCAGCCGACAAGCCACUGGCUUCUUUGGGUACCACGGAAGCGUUUUCUUGGAAAAUAUGGUCCCACAGCGGCGUGGUCCAGGGGGUAGUUUCUUUGGUAUGUUUUCCAUCUUCUUCUCCUCAGCCACUGGGAUACUCCCUGGGACCAAUAUUUCUGGGGACCGCAAGGACCCUGCUACAGCUAUCCCCAAAGGAACCCUCCUUGCCAUCAUGUGGACCACACUUUCCUACCUGGGUAUCUAUGCCACCAUUGGCUCCUGUAUGAUUCGAGAUGCUUCAGGAAAUAGGACUGACAUGGGCGUGUGGAAUGGGAGCUGCCUGAGGCCAGAGCGCCAGUACGGCUGGGAUUUCAGCAGUUGUCGAGAGGAAGGGUCCUGCCUCCAUGGGCUCUCUAAUCACUACCAGGCCAUGAGCAUGGUGUCUGCCUUCAGACCCCCGACGUCUGCUGGGGUCUUCAGUGCCACUCUGUCCUCUGCCCUUUUCUGCUUUGUUUCAGCCCCCAAAGUCUUCCAGGGGCUGUGCCAGGAUAAACUAUACCCAGUCAUUGGUUUUUUUGGGAAAGGCUAUGUCAAGAACCAUGAACCUCUGCGAGGCUAUCUGUUCACCUUCCUCAUUGCUGUAGGUUUCAUCCUUACUGCUGAUCUGAACACCACUGCUCCCAUCAUCUCCAACUUUUUCCUCUGCUCCUAUGCCCUGGUCAACUUUGGCUGUUUCUGUGCCUCCCUUAGCCAGUUGCCUGGCUGGCACCCUUCCUUCCACUGGUAUAGUCCCUGGCUCUCCCUCCUGGGCUCUCUGCUCUGCCUGCUCAUCAUGUUCCUCCUCACUUGGUGGGCAGCACUCAUUGCUGUGUUGCUUAUCCUCCUGCUGCUUCUCUAUACAUUCCACAGGAAACCUGGUGACUAAGUGGGCAGGUGGGUAAGGGAGUGACCUACAGCAAGAGGCUGACCCUGUAAGAAAUCCAGAACUACCAACAGUAAAUCUUGUUUCCUCUCUUACCUGACAAGUGAGGCCCCACCUCUAACCAUUCUGCACCACCCCUUCCUCUGCACAGAUGUGAACUGGGGCUCUCCAGGUGGGUACUUAUCAUGUGGCGCUGUCCUACUUAGAGAGCCUGACCAAUGUGCAGGACCACGUCAGGAACAUCUGGUGAGGUAGUCUCUAGAACACAGGUUGAAAACUGGCCUCUGGAUUGGAUUUUGCCGGCAAAUGAUUUUUGUUCAGAUUGGACAGUGUUUACAAUUUUUAAAAUUAAUUGCCAAAUUUUAAUAUGCAUCUGGUAGGCCUGGGCCUCCACCCGACAUAAC